AUGACUUCAAACGUUAUUCGAGGUACUAUAAAUAGAAAUCGGACCAGACUCGAGAAAUUACUUGCGGACUUGCCUCAUUUCGGAGGCAAAGCAGCCAACAUAGAAGAACUCGAGACCAGACGGUCGCAGCUGCGACUCGCCAUAGAAACCAUAAAGAAGAAAAUUGAAACUAUGGAAAGCAAGCAUCAAGAAUGGCUUCACUUAAUAGACAGAUUAAAAAACGAAGAAAAACAAGCUGAACUCCAGGUUUAUGAACAAUUCAUGACGCAACCCGGUAAUUUUUCAGAAAAAAUUGAGGAAGCACAAGAAGCUAUGACAAUCAUGGACGUUCAGUUAGAAGAAAUACAGAAUCUUCUAAAUAACAAACCAAAUGGAAGUACACCCAUAACGCUUCAGACCACGCCAACAUUUGACCUUCCGAAACUUGAACCGUUGAAAUUCAAAGGUGAUCCCCUAAAGUUCCAGGCAUUCUGGGAUCAAUUCCACAAUUUAAUAGAUCAUCAACACAUUCCCAAUGCUAUCAAGUUCACCCAUCUCUUAAACUUAUUAGAAGGAGAUGCCAAAUCUGCACUAGAAGCAAUCCCAAUCACCGAUGACAAUUACGAGGAAGCGGUGAACAUCUUGAAAAACCGCUUUGGAAAUAUUCAAAUAGUGCGGCGAACAUUAUACGGCCGGAUUCAAAAUCUACCAAAAUGCUCAAACGCGUUGGACAGUAUAAAACAAUUUGCGGACACAUUAGAGAAAACAUGCCGCCAAUUACGCAACAUCAACGAGGACCCUGAUCAGACAGCACUCAUGUUCACCGUACAAGAGAAAUUACCAUACAACGUACUUGAAGAAGUAAUCAAGAAUAAACCCGCAGAGGACGUAUGGACCAUGGAAGCAUUACAGAAGUCACUGAAGAAAUAUAUUUCAGUCAAAGAAGAAGUUAAUAACAUUCUCGGUGAAACAAGAAGAACGGAACGACAAACGCCAAAUAAUUAUUCGAAUCCGAAUCUCAUUGGAAACAGACCGCCAGUCAACGAAAGAUUCACAAGCGGAAAUGACUCAGCCAUGAAGAGAUGCGAAUUAUGUGGAGAUCGACAUUUCGCAGAUGAAUGCAUC